GUGACCUGCAGUCUUGCCAGAACAACUCUACACAUCUUGGCUGGACCUUUCUCUUUUUUCUUAAUUGGACUUGGACCUGCCAGCGCAGUGAGAUCUGCUUCAGUUUCACUGAACCUUUCAUGGAUUAUGCCUUAAUUUUUGGAUCAGUGCAUGAUUCCUGCGCAAAGGAAUCACCAAAUGAGGAUUAUGAGUGCGUUACCUGUCCUCCAGUUGAAUAUAUCUCAUGGCAAUUUUUCUUCAGACAAUGAGGAGUGAAUGUACAACAUGCAAGACGAUUCAGACUGCUGCCUUAUCCUUAUCCUGUUAUUGCCAUGGUGACCUUCACCGAGAUGUCUGAAGUCUCUCCUAUGGAGCUGCGGGAGCCCGCCUGCCUGACAGCCACACUGUCCCCUGGGCUGCGGCGCAAGAAGAUGCUGUGGCAAAAUGCCGUCAAACACAUCAUAAUCCAGCAGGAGCUGAGCGCACAGGUGGGUGUGGAGCCAGCACACAAAAUCUUUGUGACAGAUGCCUACAUCGAGGAGAUCAACAGACAGAUCCGCAACAAGGCCACCCGCGGGGUCACCAAACGGCGCUCUUCAGCAGCUCGCAUCCACCCUCAACACAGUCGGGGCUCCACCAGCACGCACGGCAGCACCACGGGUCCUUUACACGACUAUGCCAGCGACGCUGACUUCUUCGUGCGCUGGGGCCACACAGUGCGCGGCAUCUACAUACCCACGCUGAGGCACACCUUCAAGUCCCGGGACCUGGAGAAACUCUACCAGCGGCACUCUUCUCACCAAAGACGCACCUCGCUGGCCAUCACCAACGUCAUUGACGCGGUGGCAAAGCUACAUAUACUGGUGCUGUACCUGGCAAUAGCCGCUGAGGCAGUCACAGACACCCUGCAGGUCUGCCUGACAGGCUUUUUCAUGAUAGUGUCGAUUGCACUGUGCAUUCUGGUGUUAAUCUGCAAAGCCUCCAUAUCCCCGCGGUGGCUUCGCUAUGCCGGCCUGGCUAGCUGGCUGUCCCAGACCACACAGGUGCUUGGGGGGCUGGGGUAUGGGCUGGAGAAGGACCCGUCCUGGUAUGUUUUGUUCACACUGUUCGCCACAUACACACUGCUGCCGCUGCCGCUGCUGUGGGCCAUCUGCGCCGGCUCCCUCACCUCAGCUCUGCACAUUAUGCUGGAGAUUGUGCGCUACUACAGUGACACCAUGCUUUUGAGAAAGGUGUUUGCCAAAAGCCUGCUGUACCUGGGUAUGAACACAGCAGGCUUAUUUAUUCACUACCUGACGGACCGCGCCCAGAGACAGGCUUUCCUGGAGACACGCCGCUUCAUUGAGGGACGCCUCAAACUAGAGCAAGAGAACCAGAGACAGGAGCGCCUGGUGCUGUCGAUCCUGCCUCGCUUUGUUGCCUUGGAGAUGAUUGCUGACAUGAGCUCCUUAGAAGACGAGCUCAGUCCCCAGGAGUUUCACAAGAUCUAUAUUCACCAGUACAAGGAUGUCAGCAUCCUGUUUGCAGACAUCAAAGGUUUCACUCUGUUGUCCAUGAACCUGUCGGCCCAGGAGCUGGUGAGAAUCCUCAACGAACUCUUUGGACGCUUCGACCGCCUGGCAGAGGAGAAUCACUGCAUGCGGAUAAAGAUCCUGGGAGACUGUUACUACUGUGUGUCAGGGGUCCCUGAGCCGCAGCUUGCCCACGCCCGCUACUGCGUUGAGAUGGGCCUGGCUAUGAUCAGCACCAUACGGCAUGUACGCAAGCAGCUGAACUACGACAUGGACAUGCGGAUCGGGAUCCACUCGGGCUCGGUCCUGUGUGGCGUGCUGGGCCUGCAGAAGUGGCAGUUUGACGUCUGGUCCUGGGACGUGGGCGUCGCCAACAAUCUGGAGGCAGGGGGCAUACCAGGACGGAUCCACAUUUCCCGGGCAACUUUGGACUGUCUCGGGGGCAUCUACCAGACCGAGGCCGGGCAUGGCCGGGACAGGAACGAGUUCCUCCGGAAACACAACAUUGACACCUUCCUCAUCUGCCCCCAAGAGGAAAAGACUUCCGUCGACCAAAUUGAGCCUCACAAAAUCCAGAAAAGCAACCACACGUGGAAUCCAGAGCUGCCCUUUGGCAACAUCAUUGACAUGAACAGUAUCCUGGCCUCCUUCACCAACGGCUCGCUGCCACAGCUGCCCAACGCGCGGCACUCCACCUCCAAGGAGAUUAACAAGCGCAUCGAGCACGCCAUUAAGGUCCGCAGCAGCGAGCGCAUGCACAGGGAGCACAUCACUCCCCUGACCCUGGUGUUCAAGGACGCGCACAUCGAGGGCAAGUUCUCCCAGAUGAGAGAGGAAAUGUUCAACACCAACCUGGUCUGCUCCUUCAUCCUGCUUCUCUUUCUCAUGGCUGCCCAGGCUCUAAUCCCCGCCCCCAGGCAGUACCCGGCCGUGCUCCAGUUUUCAGUCUUCCUGCUUGCCUACAUGCUGCUGCUGCUGCUGGCUCUGGCCGAGGAGUUUAAGUGGACUCCUCUGGCACUGCAGCAUCUCUGCUGCUGGAUGCAUGAAAACAACAGCGCCCGCAACCUGCUCACCCUCACCGCCAUCGCCAUCAACUUUGGCUUGGCCUCAGCUGACAUGGUAUGGUGUAUUCUCAGGGACACAGGUACAGGGGUGGCUGAGGUAAUGGACAGGGUUGGCACAGCUUCACCAAACCAAAGGCCACUCACCCUCUGCACUUACCCUGAGCUCUUCGUGCUGAGCGGGGUGAUCGCCAUGGUAACCUGCGCGGUGUUUCUGCGUCUGAGCUCUCUGCUGAAGCUGGCCGUGUUGCUGCUGGUGGUGGCUGUCUACUCCUACCUCAUCCACCUGGCUUUCCUCGCACUCAGCCACGACGUGCUGCACAGGUCUCAGUAUCUCCGGAGAAAAGGAAUCUCCAUCCUUCUCAUGGCCAUGUUUGUUGUGGCUGUCUUCUAUAAUGGCCGGCAGUGGGAGGCCACAGCCAGGCUGGACUUCCUGUGGCGUCUGCAGGCUCAACAGGAAGUGGAGGACAUGAGGGAGCUGCGGGAGCACAACGAGUGUCUGCUGCACAACAUCCUACCUAUGCAUGUGGCGCGGCACUUCCUGGAGAGGAGCAAGAACGAUGAGGAGCUCUACUCCCAGUCCUAUGAUGACGUGGGAGUGAUGUUCGCCUCCAUCGCUGGCUUCAAUGAGUAUUACGAGCAGAAAGAGAUCAAGCACGAAGGGGUGGACUGCCUCCGACUGCUCAACGAGAUCAUCGCUGGCUUCGACGAGCUGCUGGAGGAGUCCUACUUCCACUUUGUAGAGAAGAUCAAGACCAUUGGCAGCUGUUACAUGGCCGCCUCCGGCCUUGCUCCGGACAAACAGGCAUGUAUGGAUGAAUGGAAUCACCUGAGUGAGCUGGUUCUGUUUGCCUUGGCAAUGCAGGAGACCUUGAAAGAGAUUAACAGGCACUCUGCCAAAAACUUUCAGCUGCGUGUGGGCAUAGCCCACGGGCCCGUGGUUGCCGGGGUGAUCGGCGCCACCAAGCCGCAGUACGACAUCUGGGGGACGACGGUGAACCUGGCCAGUCGCAUGGACAGCACCGGGGUGAGCGGACGCAUCCAGGUGCCCGAGGCCACGCGCAAGAUCCUGGCAGAGUGGGGCUUCAUCCUGGAGCUGCGGGGGGAAAUCUUUGUCAAGGGGGUGAGCGAGCGUCAGGGGAAGGUCCGCACCUACUUCAUCAGCACCAUGCGCAGCAAGAGAGCCAACGCCGGGACAGAGGGACGCUCGGGGGCGCGCUCAGGCCGCAUCACGCUGGCCGGAGUGGUCUUCGGCCUGGUGCAGGCCCGGCAAAAAGAGAAGAUCAGAGAGGCCAACGGGGGGUUCAGCCUGGCUCCCAACGGCCUGUAGUGCUGAGGGGUCAGAGUUCAAACAGACCCUUGCUGGUGGAGGAGGGCAGGGUGCAGCCGUCUUGUGUCCACUGGUUUGUUGUGCUGUGGCUGUUGUCUUCUGAUUAGCUGUACUUCUUCAAAAAAAAAUGGGCAGGUCCAAAGAUGGUAAUGUAGUUAAGGGAUAUUCCACCUAUUUUGAUUUUUUUUAAUAUAUUCUUUCACUUCCCCCCUAGCUGUUAUGUAGGACAGCAGUGGCGCUAUCUUCCUCUCCAGCUCAAUAGCAUUUGGAGCAUCCAGCCAGUAUCCAGCACUCAGUAACUAUGAGAGGAAGAUAGCACCACUACUGUCCUGAGGAUGCAGUCCUGUCAGAGCCUUUGCUCCCAUUUCUCCCUGACUUUCUGUCCCUCUCAGCUCCCCAGCUCCUUGUGGUCUCACAAGACAAGAAAACAAAACAUAAAGAGGGGUUGUGCUCUAACACACUUAGGAGACCUAUCUGGGCUAACAGUGUGUGUAGACACGUAGGGAACUCAUUUAUUCCCGUGGACCGUCCAUGGACAGAUUUCUAGAGUGCUGAGGCAGAGCUUUAAAUCAGGUUAAAGGGCCAUGAGCAGGAUCAGUGACUGCAAGACACCUUUAGUUCACUUCGUCCUUUACUUAGAAAGGAUCUAACUGUCCCACUGGCUGCUACCAGUUUUUUAAUCAUCUGAGAUCUUGAGAGCUCUGCUUACUAUUCUCCAUUGCCAUACCUAGUCAUUAGGCAGCAGGUUUAAGUUGUACAAAGGCCAACAUUUUUUUUUAGUUUUUGAUAGUGAUAGUAUUCAUAUUAGUCUUGAUUUAAAAGCAAAUGCACACCAAGGACAGAGGUGCUGGUUAUGAUGAGAGCCUGAACAAAGACGAGAAAGAUAGCUCCUCUAAAUCAUUUCUGUACACCAGUGCUAUGUGGUUCUCCUUCACAUCUUUAUUCAGACGCUCAGAUUAAACUCCCUGAAUUCGCUCCAGGGAGUCCUCACGCCUCCAGGCCAAAAUACAGAAUACCUCAAAACAACCUGUGCAACCUCUCUUAGAUUACCAGUGGCCUACAGAAUACUGAGUUGUUUUGUACUGUUUAAUGUUGCGUCAUUCUUAAUAUUAUGACAUAUCAGUUCAUCAUGUCAUAUCCACCCCAGCAACAUGACAGAGACACUCAAAGGCUCAUGUAUGAUUAAUUGAUUACUUUUAGGUUUGAUAUUGUAUUUUUAUUCUCUGAAUGUAGCCCCUAUGAGGAUUCUUGUCAGUUGUCAGUGUCAAAAUAAUCCAUAUUGGUCUGGAUUACUGAGAUUAGUGUCAAAAAAUCUUCAUCCACAAAAGUCGUCGGGUUUGCCUUGGGAUACUGACUACACUUAUGUUACUGUUACUUGACCUUUUCAGCAUUCAACGGCGAAUUUCUUUGGUUUCAAGAGUGUGUUUUUAGUUGUUAAGAGUUGAGCCAACCUCAUUGCCAAAAAUCACAGUUUUCAAUCUGUGGCGCUGAUCUCACCUCACGUGUUAGUCAUGUUGUUAGAGCCUCAAAUGAAAAGACGCGGUAUUUGGUGGUGAAAAUGUCAUAACCCCAGUUUUUGCAAUUUUCAUCGACUUUAACUUCACUUUAAGUAUUAUGUGCUUCUCUGUGGGUUGAGAACAUUCUCCAAUGUAAAUACAUAAAAGCAGAAAUGCAGUGUCAUCAGGGUGAAAGACAUUUUUUUUUUUUCUUUGCUAUAAAGUUGACAUUUUGGAGAAAUAAGGUUUUCACCCAAAAACAGUAGCAUAGCUUUUGCUAGGUUUAUUUAUUUAUUUAUUUUUCCAUAAUUUCUACUAAACAUAUUUAAUGGUCUACUUUUUCUGCUAAUAAAAUCUGAUGAAAAUAAA